UGUCCACCUAGUUUUCACUGGUAUUUGCAUCAGGGACUCAGGUGUGUGCAUGACUUUGUGGAGGAAAAUGGCUACAACUGCAGAUUCAAUGCUCAGAGAUACUACUGCUCCUAUGACCAUUUAUGACGAAUACUAUGAAAAUGAAGCGUGUGACAGUACAGGCGCCACAGAGUUUGGAGCAAUUUUCACUCCAGUUUUCUUCUUCAUUGUGGUGAUCCUGAGUCUGUUCGGCAACAUCCUGGUCAUUGUGAUCCUGGUCAAGUAUGAGAAUCUCAAAUCCCUGACCAACACAUUCAUCCUGAACCUGGCUAUAUCUGAUCUCCUCUUCACGGCAGGCCUGCCCUUCUGGGCCUACUACCACAUGUACGGAUGGACUUUAGGGGAGCCUGCAUGCAAAAUAGUCACCUUUGUCUUCUCUGUUGGCUUCUACAGCAGUGGUAUCCUCCUCAUCCUGAUGACCACUCAUCGUUAUAUAGCUGUCAUGAAACCUCUGUCUAAUAUUGUGUCUACCACAGGCUGCUACAGUGUCCUGGCAUCUGUGAUCAUUUGGGCAGCAAGUAUCUUGAUUGCCGUUCCAGCCUUCGUCUUCACUGGCAUCCUGGAAGAGAAAUACUGUGUAUAUGGGAGUUCUUACGAGAGCUUAUGGGGAACCUACCUGCAAAAUAUUCUCUUUGUCAUGAGUUCAGUGGUAUUCAUUUUUUGCUACUCUCAGAUCAUAUGCAGGUUGCUGCGUCCUACUGCCCAAAGAAGAAAGAACAAAACUUUAAAACUCAUUUUUACUCUCAUGGUUAUUUUCUUUGUGGGAUGGGUACCCUACAAUAUAGUUAUAUUUUUACAGUCAAUGUAUCUCUGGCACAAAGAACCUGCUAAGUCAGAAGUUGUGGCCUCAGAAUGUGAGACACGCAAACAACUGGAAUACGCUUUUUAUGUGAGCCGAAUAUUUGCCUUUUCACACUGCUGCCUCAACCCUGUGUUUUAUGUAUUUGCCGGGGUUAAAUUCAAAAACCACUUGAAGAAAAUGCUGAAGAGCUGGGGCAACGACAGAAACAGCCUCCGCAGGAGACAAAACCGACUAACAAUCACAUCACUAACAAGUGGGGAAGAGUUCUCGAUGUAGUUGAUGCAGUUCUCGGUGUAGACCUCAUUCAAACGCAUAUAAUUAAAAAUCCAGGCUUGUAACAGCAUCUUGUGUGGUUCAUAUAGGUCUAGAUAAGGAUGGUUACUUUUAAAAAAUAAAUAAAUUAGUGAAUAUAAUUGUUUAUUCAAUGUGUCUGUUGGUAGAAUUUACAUAGAGUGGAGAGAGGAAGGGGAUAAACUCAAAUAACCACACAGUGCAAUGCAUCUCUGAACACGCAACACAUCUCUUGAUUUCUGCUGAGACACGCAGAUGGUAGGGUCCGAAUUAGGCGUCAACAGCAUGAAUCCAUGAACUCAACCUGCCUUGUGUCACCAGUCCAGGCUGCUGCUGCUUGUGGUGUUGGUGGUGGUGUAAUUGUGUGGGGAGUGUUUUUUUUCCUAGCACACACAAGACCCUUUAAUACCCACUGAGCAUGGUUUAAAUGCCACAGCCCACCUGAUUAUUGUUGCCGACCACAUGGAUCCCUUCAUGACUACCUUCUUCACAUGGCUUCUUCCACCUGGAUAACAAGAUACGUCACAGAGCAUACGUCAUCUCACACUAGUUUCAUGAACAUGACAGUGACUUCAAUGUACGUCAAUGACCUAACCAGACACUCAGGGCCGAUCUAAGCUUUUAAUGGGGCCCCUCAGCAGAAUUUGAUUUGGGGGGGCCACCAAUGCCUCAGCGCUGCCAAUAAUAUUUACUAAUAUCCAUGCUUAAUCAUUCGCACACCUACUGUAACUUGGGUGUAGCUGUGUUGCUCUGUUAAAGGCAGCAGGAAAUUAUUAAACCAGUAGUAUUAGCUAGCCAGCAUCUUAGCAUAAUAUUGCAUUUUUGUAAUAAUUAUGAUUCAUAUAAAAUCAAGCUCUCUUGUAGGGCAUUUCAAGAGCUCUGGAAGGCCCUCUGGUGGCCAUGUGGGUCCUAACCAAGGCACUUGGUUUGCUCAUGCUUCAGGCCAGUGCUGGGUGUCUGGGGGAGGGGGCUAGGCUGUAUUAGAAAUGUGUACCCAAUAAAGUGCUGUGUCUAUAAAAAGUAAGAGAGGUAAAGCUUUUUAUUUGACAGCUGUGAUAUACUGUGUAAUGUACAGUUUUUCAUCUUUAAUUUUCCUUUUGUGUCAUUUUCUACUUUGUACUUUGUACUCUGUACCUGUGAUUUCAGAUGCAUGCUGAUAAACUGAUUGUACAUGGCAUAAGAGAUAAUAUAACUGUGUGUGACUGUAUGUGAUUCCCUUUGCGUAACAUUUGCAUUUUACUUUCUGUGUUCAUAUCAAACAUUUGGAUCACUUAGACUAUUUAAAAUUUUCACCUUCAUUUUCUGGAGUCAUAUGUGAUUAUUUGUCAUUUAUUUGUUAAAGUGUUUAUUUUCACAUGUCAUCAUCAUCAACAUUAUG